CACAAAGCGUUGGAACUCUCUUUAAACCUUCCAUUCAGAUAUUAUUUUAAAUGACUGCUGUGUAAUGACAGGUAAAGACUGAAAGGACACGCUUGAUUUUUACCUGUUUAUAUUAUUUAUAUACAUAUAUAUUUAUAUAUUUAUUUGUUAAUUUAUACAUAAAGAAAUACUUACUCAAAAAAGAAAAAAGAAAUAACCUGUUGUUGAGAGGCUGGAGUAAAACAAGAUUGAGAAAGAAAAGAAGUGUUAAAAUAAUUCAAGGAAGUAUUUGUACAUAUUUUAAAAAUCGAAAAAAAGACAGAAAAAAAAGCGCAGUAAAAUAUAAUUAACUGAAUUUACAGGGUCAAUGGGAAAGCAAAUAUAUUUGUAUUUUUCUCUAUGGAUUACGCUGGCUCUUGCUGGACUGAUUUUAAAUAUUUUCAAUAUUGACUGGCAGAAGACAAGCAUACCACAAGGUAUUAUUCUUAUCAUUGUGCUUGGAAUCCUGCAAGGUUCUGUUUACGAAUUCCCAGUGCAGACGAUCGCCACAUUGAUUGUCGGCGGCAAAAAGCGUGAAAAUCCAACGGCUGAAGCCGACAACUUCACACUCGUUCUGAAUUACAACUUAUUAGCUGUCGCAGUUGAAGAUAUUGAAGAAUGUUUCCAGACAAUGUUUCAAGCAUUCAUGGGCAAUUUAUGUUUCAAUGUAUCUGCUGUUCUUGUCAGUGCAACUUCGGAAGAAAAUCUCAAAAUACAUGAACUAAAUUGUCGUGAUAAAUACCGGAAGUUAAUAUACGAUGAACUUUUCAAAGAAGGUGUCUGUUUCGCUAAUGGCUACUAUGACGAUAUCAACCAAGACCGUUUUAAGAACGUAUGGAUGUAUUACCAAAUGUGUCCAAAAGAUAUUUUUAUUAGUCAACACCUUGAUUCAAUAUGUGAUCGAUUUGCACGAGAAUUUAUGGUAAUUCACCGCACCAGCAAAGUUUUACGUAAAUGUGGACAAUAUCAAGAUCUAAUGUUGCUAUCUGAGGGAGAAUCUUUUGCUUAUACAUAUACUGACACGAAAUACUAUGGAAAGAUGGCCCGUCCUUAUAACCAGCCCACCUUUUACUAUUCAGCUGACGUGCAAAAUAUAUUUAACCGGCGAUUUGAUUACACCUUAGUAUUGGAUGCCGAUACAGGGGUUCCCGAUGGAACAGUAGAAAAGCUUCUCAGGAUAGCUGCAGCAAACCCAGAGAAAGGGAUCAUCCAACCAUCUAUAAAACUAAGUCGCGAUGAAAACGAUACCAUUUACAUGAGACUGGAAGCAAUGAGACAAAUGAUCUACGAGCCAAUGACAAAUGCUGUCACAGCAUUACUUGGUCAGUGUGGUUUCUUCGGAAAAGGGCUCAUCAAAAACCGUAUAUACAUCGAAAAUAUAAUCGGGGAUAGAGACAAUCUAAUCGAACGUGUUCCUAUCGAUGUUCUUAGUCACGACACAUUUGAAGCAGCUUUACUCAAACCUUACUAUGCCGGCUCAGUGUUCUUACUGGAAGCUCCCAGUUUUAAUUACGUUACAUGGAACAUUCGAGAACGACGUUGGAAUCGAGGUGAGGUUAUAUUAUCCAUGUACUUCUGGAAAAAUACGAUUGGUAUAAUUUUUAGGAGCUUACAGAAAGUUUUUCAAAGGGAUAAGUUUAAUAAGACAGUUCUGAGGACCGAAAGUAAACUUGAUUUCGUUACGGCUUAUAUUGCCCAUUCGGCAUUAAGACAGAUGUUGAUGAAACCUUUCUUACUUAUAUUUAUUUGUUUACAUGUUGGUGUAGAACUCAAGUUUUCAAUUGCCCCAAUCGCUAUCAUUAUGUUCAUGGUUCUUAUCUUCCCUAAAUUUGCUACGUGUACCAGAUCAAACAUUAAAUAUGUUAUAAUUGAAACGUUGACAUCCAUCUUACAAUUUACACCUGAAGCCAUUGUUGGUUGCGUUCGCAUCUUUCGUGCAAUCCAAGCGAAUAUUUCCGCCAAUUGUAAAUGGAUUCCACAAAGAUCUGUCGAAGAAGAAUUUAAAAACUGCAAUCCUUUCCUCUCCAGUCUGAAACACUUAUGGAUGUACUCUUUAUUGGCCGCUGUUGUUGCUCCGGUGGUAGUGAUUUUUGCUCCAAGUUCAAAUCUUAUAUUAAGUAUGUUGAUCACAUUAUUUCUUCUUCCGCUGUUUACUGGAGUAACGUCAUUAAAAAUGAAUUUUCAUUUCGGAUCCACUUCUUCGUUUGCGCCCAACGAACAUCCUGACAUUUGUGUAAUUACUUCUCCCAAGAUCUUCGGUUCUGGACAAAAAUAUAAAAUUAAUAAUGUCUGAACGAGAAAACAAGACUGAGCCAACGAAACAAAGUCAAGAUUGAAAAGAAAAAAAAACAAUCAAAACCCAUCUAAAACACAUUGACUCUCAUUAAUUCACCUCACUUAAAUUAUUACUUAUUUAUGGAAUACUUUUGAUCAUAUAUAAGUAUUACCACGGCCUUUAACCAUGCCUUUUUUUUAAUCUGUCUCUGUCUCAUCUGAGCACGUCUUUCUCUCGCAGUCUCAUGAACUUUCUUGCCUUCAUAAAAAGAGGCAAAAAUAGUUUCUUGUCAUAUAUAAUAUAUAUAUAUAUAUAUAUAUAUAUUCAUAUGAUUGAAACGAAAUGGGAACUGAUUUACUGCUAUCUCAGGUUUUUAUUUUUGAUGUUCUGUAUAAAUUCUAAAAAUUGUUUACACAGCCAAUUGUUGACCAUGAUGAUGAUCAUCCUCAUCAUCAUUAUCAUCAUCAUCAUCAUCAUCAUCAUUCAUCAUCAUCAUCAUCAUCAUCAU